AUGUCUCGUCAACAAACGUUAGAAAGGGAGCUUGAACAGGUGACGAACCUCAACAAGACAGUGGACUCUUUGCUCGAAACUAUACGUACUACGCAGCAGAACAUUGCUACCACCAAAAGCGCUACUGAUAGCACAUCGGCAUUACUCGAAGACUGGAUUAGAAUCCUUAACCAGACGAGUUUCGCCAAUAAUGCAUUGCAAAAUCCACUCUGGGAAGGUUCCAAGGAUGAAGAUAUUGAAGAAGAAAAUUUAUAUGUGCUACAACGAGAAAAACAACUAGAAGCGGAACUCAAGGUUCUUGAACAAGAGAACCAAAAGUUAGAAGCAAGACUCCUGACCCUAAACAACGAGCAAUCUACAAGAGAGACGAAACGUUCGAGACGUUAA